AGAAGGAGGCGUGCGUGAUUUCAGAAGUCAUUAGUUUGUAUGAAGCCACAAACCAAAGACACCCGCAGCUACACAUCAGUAUUAUAUCGAUCUGAACAGCGAGUGUGUGCGGCAGUGUUUUCAUGAUAUUCACCAGCGUUACUGCUUGAGUUUAUCACCGGGGAAACCGCAUCAUCUGUGCACCAUGAAGAAGGCUGCUUUGCUGCUUAUCGUCCUGCUCGGCGUUGCACAUUUUACAACUGUCAGCAGAUGUGAAGAAGAUGUUGCUGAGGAAAAGGAGGAGACUGAAGAGGACAGCGAUGACGAGGACGAGGAUGAUGAUGAUGAUGACACAGAGGUGAAAGACGAGAACGGAGUGCUGGUGCUCAAUGACAAGAACUUUGAGACGUUCAUGGAGGGGAAAGACACAGUUCUGAUUGAGUUUUAUGCCCCGUGGUGUGGCCACUGCAAACAGUUUGUACCGGAAUAUGAAAAGAUCGCACAGGCUCUCAAGGAAAAUGACCCUCCUAUACCUGUGGUCAAAGUAGAUGCGACAGUAGCCACUGAGGUGGCGGGCAGGUUCGAGGUGCAGGGCUAUCCCACCAUCAAGAUCCUGAAAAAUGGGGAACCUGUGGACUAUGACGGAGACAGGACAGAGAAGGCCAUUGUGGCCAGGGUGAAAGAGGUCUCCCAGCCUGAUUGGAAACCCCCUCCUGAGGCCACGCUGGUGCUCACCAAGGACAACUUUGAUGAGACUGUUAACAACGCCGACAUCAUCCUGGUGGAGUUCUACGCCCCAUGGUGUGGACACUGUAAACGUUUGGCUCCAGAGUAUGAGAAGGCUGCCAAGCAGUUGAACGAGCGCACUCCUCCCAUUCCUCUGGCCAAAGUGGACGCCACUGUAGAGAGUGACAUCGCCUCACGCUUUGAAGUCACGGGCUAUCCCACCCUCAAGAUCUUCCGGAAGGGCAAGAUUUUCGAGUACAACGGACCCAGAGAGACGUUUGGCAUUGUUGACUACAUGAAAGAGCAGGCAGGACCUCCCUCCAAACAGGUUCAGGCUGUGAAACAAGUGCAGGAGUUCACCAAGGACGGCGAUGAUGCUGUCAUAGUCGGCCUGUUCUCCAGCGAACAGGACGCAGCCUUUGAGAUCUACAAUGAGGCCUGUAACAUACUGAGAGAAGAUUUCAGCUUCCGUCACUCCUUCAGCUCCGACGUGGCCAAACUUCUCAAAGGUUCACCCGGUCAGAUUGUCAUCGUUCAGCCUGAAAAGUUCCGCUCCAAGCAUGAACCAGCAUCACACACACUCACAGUCAAGGAUUCUACGUCGGUGUCAGAAGUGCAGGAGUUCUUCAAAAAGCACAUGAUCCCCCUGGUGGGCCACAGGAAGCCAAGCAAUGAUGCCAAACGCUACACCAAAAGGCCGCUGGUGGUUGUGUACUAUGGUGUUGAUUUCAGUUUUGACUACAGGAAGGCCACACAGUUCUGGAGGUCCAAGGUGCUCGAGGUGGCCAAGGACUUCCCAGAGUACACAUUUGCCAUUGCUGAUGAGGAGGACUACGCAGAGGAGCUCAAGAGCCUGGGCCUGAGCGACAGCGGGGAGGAAGUGAACGUAGGAAUUCUGGCAGAUGAAGGCAAAAAGUUUGCCAUGGAGCCAGAGGAGUUUGACUCUGAGGUGCUCAGAGACUUCGUUAUGGCUUUCAAGAAAGGAAAGCUCAAACCCAUCAUCAAGUCCCAGCCUGUGCCAAAGAACAACAAAGGACCUGUUAAGGUUGUGGUGGGAAAGACCUUUGACGACAUCGUCAUGGAUACCCAAAAGGACGUCCUCAUCGAAUUUUACGCUCCCUGGUGCGGCCACUGUAAAAAAAUGGAGCCUGAUUAUUUGGCUCUGGGCAAGAAGUACAAGGGGGAGAAGAACCUAGUGAUUGCCAAGAUGGACUCCACAGCCAACGACGUGCCAAACAACAGCUACAAAGUGGAAGGCUUCCCCACGAUAUACUUUGCACCAAGCAACAGCAAGAACAGCCCCGUCAAAUUUGAAGGUGGAGACAGAACAGUAGACGGGCUCAGCAAGUUCUUGGAAAAGCACGCCACAAAGCUAUCACAGAACAGAGACGAACUUUGAAAAAAAUUCUCUCUCAAGGAGUAGCUAAGAACUUUUACUGAGAGGGAGGCCUCUGGGAAGGUGAAGGGAACACAGUGUAAAUGGUGUUACUGAGAUGAUUACAAUGUUCAAUCAUCAUUUUAGUUUCUGUUCAUUCCAAGAAAUUUUCAGCAUUCUUGUGUCUAAAAAGCAUGUCAGCACUGUUGAAGAUUUAAGUCUUUUUAAAUAAAACUGAAAACGAUGGCUUUCGGUCAGCA